AGGUCGAAACAGAAGUUGAUAAACAAAAUGUCAGGGAAUACCGACGUCUGUCAGUUCAACGAUGACGAAUUGGUGCCCCCUGAGUGGCUAAACUCAGAGCUCAUAUCAGUUGCUCUGAGUUCCCAUGAGAAGGAACCCGUGCUAAAGGUAAUCGAUUUGACCUUAUCCCCGGCGAGUGCCAAGGGGGAUCACUAUGCCAGCAUUAUGUUCCGGGCAAAUGUGAAGUAUUCCAAUCGAAAGGGCGAUUUCGUAAAGUCGCUGAUCGUUAAAACAAUGCCCGAAGCGGAGGGUCACAAGAAGGAAAUGCUCCAGGGAUCGCCUAUUUUCGAAACGGAAAUGGGCAUGUACACGAAGGUGCUGCCGGAAUUCGAGAGGAUUCUUCGUCUGGCCGGUGAUAGCACUAAGUUGUAUGUGAAUUGCAUAUAUCACACUCUGGCACCUCAUCAAGUGCUAAUAUUUGACGAUCUCGUGCAAAUGGAUUAUUUUGUUUUGAGGGAUCGGGAUGCUACCCUGGAUGAGGUACACCGCGUCUACUUUAAACUGGCCAAGUGGCAUGCAGCCAGCUUAAAAGUACAGAACGAGCAACCAAAUUUUUUAAACGCUUACACUCACGGACUAUUUGAGAUGCCACAUUUCCUGAAGGAACCCUUUAUAAAGAGUGGAAUGGAGUUUUUCGUGGAACUUUUGGACAAGGAGCCGGAACUUAAUAAGUACAAGUUGUAUUUUAAAAGCAUUAAGGAAGAUUUUCUUGAGCGACUUGUGGCCGAGUGGAAGGAAUUUCGUAACAACCGCAAAGAAGAUCAGUACAGAGUACUUUGUCAUGGAGAUCUGCACCUUCGAAACAUUAUGUUUAAGUACAAGGGACCUGGAUCCUUCGAAGACUGUAUGCUGCUGGACUUUCAAAUCAGCCAUCUUUUUCCACUUUCAAUCGAUUUGGUGUAUUCGAUAUAUAUGCUUAUGGAGCCAGAGCAUCGCUGGAAGGACUGCGAAGACCUAAUGAACUAUUACUUUUUCGUUUUGGAGGAUGUUUUGAAGAAAAUCGGCUAUAAGGGUAAAAUGCCAACCCAAUCGGGUCUUUGGGAACACCUACACCAGCACAAAUACUUCGAAUUCUUUCUCAUAAGCACCUUCUUGCCUUUAAUGUGGGCGUUGAAGGAUAAGUCUGUCGACUUUGGAGAUCUACUUCAAAAUGAGGAGAAGCGCAGAAACUGCUCAUUUUCUGAGGGCUAUAUAAAAGAUGUGAAAAUAAUGCUAGCCCGAUUGGAUAAAUUGGGCUUACUCCAAGUUUAAGGCAUUAUUUCAAUAGUAGUAUAGACAAAAAUUUAAAAAUAGAAAUAAAUAAUAAACUUAAGUAGUUUUAUCCUAAUUUAACAAUGUUGUAAAUACUUUCUAAAAUAUUCAUUGUUUAAUAGAUAUUUCCCGCUUACAAAUAAAACCAAAUAUUAACAA